CUGAGCCCGCAUGCUGCAACUACUGAAGCCCGUGUGCCUAGAUCCGGUGCUCCACAACAAGAUAAGUCACAACAAUGAGAAGCCCGCGCACCACAACAAAGAGUAGCUCCUGCUCUCCGCAACUAGAGAAAGCUUGCUCACAGCAACAAAGACCCAACACAGCCAAAAAUAAUAAUUAAAAAAAAAAGUGAUUUUUUAAAAAGGGAAAAUUUAAAGAAAUAACCUAUAAGACUUGUAGAAAACUGACGGAAACUGUAGGGACACUGCCCUCUGUCAAGGGGCAAGAGUUAGUCAGAAUCAUGUGUCAAUACAAUUUAUGUUACACUUUCUUCUCUUCUGGGGUUUCAGACUGGAUGCCUAGUGAUAGAUCCCUCUUGUGGCUCUAGAUCUUACAAAAAGUUAAUGUUUAACCUGCACAGCAGGUUAAGGAGUUCAGGGUACACAUUUGUUUUAAAUACGUUUCUAGUGUAUAAUUUUCAAGAAUAUCCAUGUCCUUGUUCCAAUGAAGAUGCAGUGUUGGUGGUUUUUUGGUUUUGGUUUUUGCUUUUUUCCCCUUAUAUUUCAUGCCAUAGUGGAGGGAAUGAAGAUAACUUUACAUAGGUGUUAAUAAAAACCCAUUUCAGACAAAAAGUACAGCCAAGGAAUAUUUAAUCAGGAAAAAUGUAGCCUAUAUGCUAUACCAUUACACCUGUAUAAAUGUAUCAUGUAAUUAAAAAAUUAACUAUAAAAGUAUUUUAUAUGUUCUUAAGUAUAAGCCAGUUAAAUAUUUAGAAAUAUCUUAUUUUAGAAAUAUUGACCAUGCCUUAUGUUUUUGGUAAUUUAAAAAAUUGUGUUGAUUACUAGGACUUCUCAUGUGUGAAUAUAAAACAAUGUGCUUUGCAUACAAAAAGCUCUAAAUCUUUCUACUCUUUGACUAUAGGUGGGAAUAGAAGAAGGAUGGAAGUAUGGCGCUGUAGUUCUCUGGGACCCACACAAAAUCCAGCUUUGCAUUAUACCAUUUCCAAGAUAGUAUCACUGUCUUUAAGUGGAGCUUUCAGUCUCUCAGACCUGUUUCUCCCGCUGUGGAAUGAGAGUCCUGGUCAGUUCAAUGACUACAAGGUGGAGAAUGGAAAGUAUGUUAUUGAUCCCUGGGUAUACCCUAAGAGAAUGGGGAUGUAUAAAAUCCUCAUGAACAAAACAGCCAGUUAUUUUGAAAAAUUUGCACCAGAUAAUGAACAGAAUUUUUUAUGGGGAUUGCCUUUGCAGCAUGGCUGGCAAUAUACUACAGGCAGAUUAGCUGAUCCCAGCCGAAGGACAGACUGUGGCUAUGAAUCUGGAGAUCACUUGUGCAUCUCUGUGGACAGCUGGUGGGCUGAUAUAAAUUACUUUCUAUGUGCACUACCCUUCCUUGCUGCGGUCGAUUCUGACGUAAUGGGGAUAUCAUCAGAUCAAGUCCUGCUUUUGCCACCACCCAAGGACCAGACAAAGUUUUGUCUUAAUGUUUCUAGUUGUCAGUCAUCCUUUCCUAAGACAAUGAGCAAGUGGAAUGCCCUAUACAAGCAUUUGCAGUCACCUUCUAGUAGCUUUGAUGACUUGUUGAAGUACUUGUGGGAUGCACAUCUCUCGACCUUGAAAGAUGCUUAUAAAAUUUUUGAGGAUAGGUUAGAAUAUUAUUCUAAACCAGAAGCAGAUUUUGGAAGAGAUUGGUGUGUGGCUUUGGACUAUUUAGCUGCAGCCUGCUUCCCUACAACCUUUAUUAGAGUAUCUGAGUUCCAGAAGGGCCUGCCACCACGAAUGCUUGUUGACGGGGAUGAAGCCCCUUUCAUCAGUGACUUUACUGACUUCCAGAACAUAUUGCUGCUCAGUCUACAUCUUCUUCACAAAGUGGAUGACGCUACAGAUUCAUUAUCUUUGACUAUAUGGAAAAUUUUAAUGAAGACAAAUGCUGCAAAGAAACUAGCUCUAGAGAUUUUUGAAAUAAUCCUUGCAAUUUUUAAUCCAACGUUUCUGGAAAUGAUUAAUGAAUUAAAAUGAACAAUUCUAACUUGAGCAACAGUAAUUUCAAAAUUUAACACUAUCACAAUCAUAUAGUUUUCUUGUUUCUGGUGUUUUUAACUUUUACUCAUUUGUUAGGAUUUUGUCCAUGCAUUCCUAACUUUAAAUUCAACUUAAAGCUAUGAUUAUUUUACUCAAUUAAUAAUUCUUGAUUUUUGAAUUCAUUAACACUUAAAAUGUUCAGGAUCUAAAGAAGAUUGUAUUAACCUGUCACAGAUCACUAAGAAAUUAAUAAACAGACAACAAACUUG